AUGGGAACUGGAGAUCGACUUCUGGACAUACCCUGCAAAGUAUGCGGAGAUCGAAGUUCUGGAAAACAUUAUGGAAUUUACAGCUGCGAUGGGUGUUCAGGUUUUUUUAAACGCAGUAUCCAUCGCAAUAGGGUCUACACGUGCAAAGCUACAGGCGACUUGAAAGGCAGAUGUCCGGUGGAUAAAACUCAUCGAAACCAGUGCAGAGCCUGUAGACUUUCGAAGUGUUUUCAAGCCAGCAUGAACAAAGAUGCUGUCCAGCACGAACGAGGACCACGCAAACCCAAACUUCAACAGCUCACCCACAACAACGGUCAACAGCAUCAGCCUUCCAACUCUCAUUCUUCUCAUACGGUUCAACUGCCACUGCCCGAAGGCGCCAGCAGUAAAAUAGCACCAUCUACAGCGGGUUCCUUUCAGUUUGCACCGGCUGGUCUAUUUGUUCCACAGCAUCACCCUUUGAAGGUGCUAACUCUGCCCCCACCGCCUCCUGUUGGUAGUCCUCCAAAUGGGCACAUCGAGCCGAACGGUACUGUUGCUCCUCCGUUAUUUCAUCAUCCGCAUUUACCACCACCUCCUGGACUGUUACAUGUACUUAUGUCAGCUGAAAAAUGUCAGGAGCUUGUCUGGGGCACCAAACUGACUCAACUUGAAUCCAACGCUUCAGAAUCAAGCAGCGGUUUGAGUAUGCCUAGUCCUGGACUACCAAUGGCUCAGCUAAGUCCUACUCCUACAUUGGCAGCACUACCCUUGACGCCAACUUGGGAAAUGCUACAGGAAACAACAGCUAGACUUCUAUUUAUGGCAGUUCGAUGGGUCCGUUGUUUAGCACCAUUCCAAACGCUCAGUAAACACGAUCAGCUAUUGCUACUACAAGAAUCGUGGAAAGAAUUGUUUUAUUACAUCUGGCCCAAUGGUCUGUCCAUGUGGGAUUUAUCCACUGUUUUGGGUUGCUCUCAAGCUAGAGAAAGGCUUCCAAACGACGUUCACACAGCUACAGAGAUUAAAACAAUACAAGAAAUAAUGUGUCGGUUUCGACAGAUAUCACCAGACGGAAGUGAAUGUGGAUGCAUGAAAGCUAUAUUGCUAUUUACUCCAGAAACCGCCGGUUUGUGUGAUGUCCAGCCAGUGGAAAUGCUUCAAGAUCAAGCACAGUGUAUCUUGGGUGACUAUGUCAGAAUGAGAUACCCCAGACAACCUACCAGGUUCGGAAGACUACUACUACUAGUUCCUAGUUUAAGAGCCAUCAGACCCAUAACUGUCGAAUUGCUGUUUUUCAAAGAAACUAUCGGAGAAAUUCCGAUUACUCAGUUGUUAGGUGACAUGUAUUAUAUGGAGAAAUGCGCCACAGGUGGACAAUAA